UCAGUCUCAGAAAUGAGGUUAGAUUCCAAAAAGGUAAUCAUUUAUGGAACACCCAGCAAUGGACUUUGUGAAGUGAGGGUUACAUCCAGUGUUCACAACAUAUUUACCAGGCAGGCUAAUCUGUUUUACAGGCAAAUCUGCUUUUCCCCCACAAAUCCUGCUGUAAACGCAACCCUGGCAUUAAUAUCCAGAAGCCAGCGUUGCAGUCAGAAAGGACAACAAAUAAAUAUCUCUGAAGGUAUAAAACAGGAUGAAAGCAAGAAUGGAAAGUAGAAUAAAUGUGGGGAAACAGACAUCUUAUAAGAGCCAACACCCCCUAACAGGCAGAAUAAUUUACCUCUAAAAGGAAAUACAGCAACGUGUGUUGCCUGGUUCUGUGUAGAUCUGAAAUCAGGUCUUUGACGAAAUGAAGGAGAGAAAAUGGGAGGGCAUUUGGACAGUGGCCUGAAACACGACAUGGAUGGAAAUGAAAGUAAAUGACAAAAGAUGAGAUGGAGUCGCAGAGGGAUGAAGGACUGGCGAAAAGUGCAGAGUGAAGAAAAAGAACAGGGCGCAUUCUGGGUCAGGCUCCUCAGAGGACUGGAAGGAGAAGUGACUGGUUUGCAGCUGCAUAAAGCGGGUGACCUGGGCGAGGCAGCCGGGCAGGGCCAGCAGCGAGGGGCCGAGGUGAGAUGGGUCUGCUGCAAGAACGUGGUGCGGAGUUGCCAGCCACAGCUGAGAAACUAAGAGUCCCACCGGCAGGAGAAGGAGAGAGCUUCGGUCCGUGUGAAUUAUGAAGUCCUAUUCCAGCGGUUUCCAGCAGCAGCAGCAGGACCCCCCCACGGCUGGCCCCCUGAAUGUAAAGGCCGGGUCCUACGGAGUCAGCAUCCGGGUCCAAGGGAUCGAUGGCCAUCCGUAUAUCGUGCUCAACAAUACUGAGGGGUGCUUGUCAGCAGACCCCUCGGGGCCUGAGCCAGCUGAGCGGCCAGGGCCAGGCUCCCCUUUCCCUGCUGUUGAGCUGGAGGAGAAAAACCCUGAAGAAAGACCACUGGGGGGGGCUUGCAAUAAUGUGCCACCCGGUUGGAUGAAAAGCCAGAAGCCAGCCAACAUGGAUGAGGGAAAGAAAGCAACCUCACCUUUCAAAGCUGGGACUUCUAAUCUGCUGAACUUCCAGAGAUAUCCAGAGCUUCUUCAGCCCUAUAACCCUGCAAAUAAUAUCUUGAAUCUGGAGGACCUUCAGCCUCCUCUGUUUAGUAAAUCCCAGUCUCUUGAGGAUGAAGGGAAAUUGAAUUCCAAGCCUUGGAAAUCAUCUUUGAAGGUAGCAUUAGACGACUCAGCCCUCCAGUUUGUAGAACUGGCUAAACCAAAACCGAAAACAGUAGAUUUGACCAAGCCCAACCCAAACAAGCAGCAUCUGGAACGCACCAGUGUUGCUGACAGUCCUAAUGGAAUGCAUGAGUCUCUUUCUUCUGGUGGUGGAUCUUCAUGCGCUGUAAGUUCCUCUACCUGCCAAGAUACGAGGAAACGUAGACCUGACCUCCUUCCUUUUCGCCAACAAGAUUCAGCAGGAGCAGAUCUGAAUGGUUCACAGAAAUCUUCAUCUUCAUCAACUACACCGACUUCUGCAGCAUCCUUGUAUAGGUUCUUCCUAGAUGACCAAGAAUAUGCCAUCUACGCUGACAAUGUUAACCGGCAUGAAAACCGGCGUUAUAUCCCAUUUUUGCCUGGAACUGGCCGUGAUAUUGAUACUGGCUCCAUUCCUGCAGUUGAUCAGCUUAUUGAAAAGUUUGACAGGAAGGUUUGUCCCCAAAGAAGGGGAAGAUUAGGGUUCAGGAAUAGAAUUCAUCCAGAGGAUUAUAAGCGAUCAAAGAGCGUAGACAGCGCCCUGUCUUAUGGACCGAAAGUGAACUCUGGUUGCAUAGGCGAGUUCACUAAAAGUUUGGGAAUGUCAUCAGAGCACGUGGUCCAGCCCUCCCAAGUUUGCCUUCAGAAGCUGUUGUCUCCAGAGGAAAAGUCAGCAUCUCUUGGGGAGCAGGUAGCCCCUCCGGCAGCAGGCGAGCUCCAAACGACAACAGGAACGAGAGAUUCUCCCAGCAGCCACUUUAAUUCUUUGCAGUAUCCCAGACAGAGUCAAAUGAGCCUGGAGAGUUUGUCUUCUAAGUCUUCCACUCUUCCAGGGCAGAAUAAAAAAAGUGACAAUAAAACGGUCGUCUCCACUCUCCUGUUAUCAAACUCUGCUGCAAGUCAGAACCUUUCUGUGAAAACAUUUGCUUCUGCUUCGAAAAGUGCUCAGGUGACACCUGACCUGCUCAAGGGCCAGCAGGAACUUGCACAACAAACCAGUGAAGAGACUGCCAAGCAGAUUCUCUACAACUAUCUCAAGGAAGGUAGCAGUGAAAACGAGGAUGCAACAAAGAGGAAAGUCAAUUUGGUAUUUGAGAAAAUCCAGACUUUGAAGUCCAGAGCAGCUGGAAGUCCCCAGGCUUCUGAUGCUUCAGUGGAAAUCAAAAUGCUGGUGGAAGAGAAAAAGCGGUUGGCAAAGGAGGUGUCUGAGCUACAGAGGAAGCUGGACUUGGAACUCAAGAAUCAGCAAAACUUCAAAGCUGAAAAACAGACAAUGGAAGUAGAGUUUCAGCAGCUUCGGCGACAGCUUGAAGAAAACCUGGAGGAGAAAGACACUUUCCGGAGGCAGCUGAAGGAGAGCGAGAAAGACCUUAGAGAAAACCUGGAGGAGCUUUUUCAAGUGAAAAUGGAACGGGAGCAGCACCAGACAGAGAUUCGGGACUUGCAGGAUCAGCUUUCGGAGAUGCACGAUGAACUGGACAGUGCAAAGCACGUGGAAGACAGCAAGAAGGAGUUGCUAAUUGAGGAACUGAUGCAACUGAAGCAGGACCUGCAGGAGCUCCUAGUACUCAGAGACCAGCAAGAAGAGGUCCUGAGGAAGCGGGAGCGGGAGCUGACUGCCUUGAAGGGAGCCUUGAAGGAAGAAGUGUCCAGCCACGACCGAGAGGUGGACCACCUCAAGGAGCAGCAUGACAGGGAGCUCCAGGCCCUGAGAGACAGUUUGGCCAAAGCCACAGAGAAAGUAGGAGCCCUGUCCAGCGCAAGGGCUGAAGCUGAGAAGAUGCAAAGGAGCAGCGAAGACCACGCGGCUGGGGUGACUGAGCAAAACUGCCAGCUGAGGAAGGCCCUGGUGGAGCUGAAGAAGCAGCAGGAAGAACUCCACCUGGAGCUCCAGGACUUGAGGGGAGGCAGGGAGGAAGCUGCGGAAAGGCUGAGACGGUGCAAGAAAGAGAUACAGUCCUUGGUCCACGCAAAGGAGGAAGCGUGUGAGCUGGCCUCAGCCAAAAUGUCUUUGGAAGCCCAGCUGGAGGACGCCCAGAGGAACGUCAGUCGGCUGAGCCAGGAGCAGCAGCAGCUGGCAGUCUGCCUGAAAGAGGAAACUUCCCAAAACGAGCAGCUACAGAAAAUGAAGCGCGAAUUGGAGGACGAACGGUGGCAGCUGGACAAGACUGUGGAGAAGUUGCAGAAGGAGAUGGCAGAAAUCAUUGAGGUGUCACGGGGAUCAACACUGGAACUCCAGAACCAGCUUGACGAGUACAAGGAGAAGAAUCGGCAGGAGCUGGUAGAUUCACAGCAGCAGCUGAAGGACAAAACCCUGGAAUUAGAAAAGACCCGCCAAACAGUCCUCAAAAUGCAAGAGGAGGUACGUUUUAUGGGGGAAGAAUUACAAGUUCACAAAAAAGCCCAAAAAGAAGCUCUUACAAGAACUCAGCUUCUGGAACGCACUGUGAAGACCUUGGAAUGUGAACUGGAAACCAAAAACCACUUGAGAGAAGAUCGGGGAAGACAGGCCAAGAUAAUGGAGGACAAACUAUCCCAGCUGGAGUUGGAGCUUGAAGAAGAACAGAACAAUUCUGAUCACUUGUCUGAGAGGAUUGGCAGGUGCAGGGAGCAGAUUGAGCAAACGAGGAGCGAGCUCCUGCGGGAAAGGGUGGCAAGGCAAGACCUGGAGUGCGACAAGAUCGCCCUGGAAAGACAGAACAAAGACCUGAAAAGCCGGAUCCUGCACCUCGAAGGCUCCUACAAGUCCAGCAAAGAAGGCCUCCUUGUCCAGAUGGAAGCCCGGAUUGCGGAGCUGGAGGAGCGGCUGGAGAGCGAGGAGAGGGACCGAGCUCAUCUCCAGUUGACCAACCGCCGACUGGAGAGGACCGUGAAGGAGCUCUUGAUGCAGGUGGACGAUGAACAUCUCUCCCUGACUGAUCAGAAGGACCAGCUCAGCUUGCGCCUGAAGGCAAUGAAGCGGCAGGUGGAGGAAGCGGAGGGAGAAAUAGACAGGCUGGAGAGCGCCAAGAAGAAACUCCAGAGGGAGCUGGAGGAGCAGACGGACGUGAACGAGCAGCUGCAAGGGCAGCUGAACGCCAUCCGGCAGGACCUCAGACGCAAGACGGCUUCGAGGAAGCUGCUGAGCGACUUGGAGGACGACGAUCUCAGCACCGAUGGGGAGAGCCUUCAUGACGCCCCCUCAGGAUUUAAGUCCUUAAGGCACAGCGACAGCAAAGCCAGCUAUGGAUACUCAGCCUUAAUAGCUGAAAGUCAAGGCUCUGCAGAGUGGAGAAGCCACUGCCCGCAGGAAUAUUAGCAUCAGCAAACAUGUUUCAUGAUCUGAAGGAGAGUAGAGUGACCUUGGGAAGAUCAAAAAAGCAGGACCUUCUACAACAUCGGGAGCAAUUUCCAGUCAGAAAACUUGUUCCCUGCUCGCGGUCUCAGCAGCUCCCUUGGUUGCAAAGGGCGUGUGGAGAGCCUUGCUCUGACUUCCACGGAUCGAUGGUGAGGCUGCUGAUGUUUGCACCUGACCUUGGACCGCUUUAGAGAAGGAAAAGAGACCUUUGCUCCCGGGCGGUGAUCUGGAUUCCCCACGGCCACCCUCUGUGGGUCAAUGGGCCCUUCUGCCUUUCCAGAACCCCCUGUGGAAAGUUCUUUCCUUUUUCUCAACGGGAACUCCCUUUCCCACUGGCCGUAUUUCAGCCCCACACACGAAGGGCCUUCGAGGCAAGGAGCAGCCUUACCGAAGAGAGGCAGGGCUGAACUUGCCGGCCCCAGCCCAGGGCCACGAUUUUGUUCACAGCUGAAAGAGGCUGCUUUGUUCUUCCCAGAUUGUUUUAUCUGGUCCCGUUGUGGACUAUAAAGGACUGUCCAAUAAGCAUAUGAGAAAAAGCAUUUCUGUUUUCUUUUGGGACCAUCUUCUCUUCUAGUUUUAGCUGAAGGUACCUAUAAAUGCAUUUCAGUGCAUUGGAAGAACUUAAAAGUAUUUGCAAAAGCUUCUAUUAUAAUCUGCUUUUUUAUCUUUUCACCAAAUCUUUGCUCUGUUGGGACAAUCUGAUCCUCAGAUUAAUGAGGAAAUAAUACUAUUGGCAGCUCUAUGCAAUUGUCCUGUUCUACAACUUUGUUGGUUAGCAUCAAAUGUGAGUGUUUCUUAGAGACAGCAUUGAGGGUAUUAAAUUUCAGUAUAAGAAUAAACCCUGGAAGCUGUACAAUCCCCUAAUUUCUGCAGGAUCCACAAUGAACCUUGUAAAGGGAGAAUGCAGUCACUUGAAAAAAAUAAUGUUCCCAAAAAGAUUUGGCAUCUGUACUUUGUGGGUGCCUGGUUUGUGAGUGGAACCUUAAGUAGGACCUGGUUUGACCCCCAAGAACAUUCUUUGGACUUUGGAUCCAAACAAGCAAUUAUUUCCAUUGGACACACCAACCAUUGCCUUCAACCCCCCCCGCCCCCAAAUUCCAAGUGCCGCUUAGUGGGAGCAGAGGCCAUAGAUAAAGGGAAUGCGGGGAGGAAAACCCCGAAUUUUUAUUUGGGCUUCAUGUGAAUGUCUGCCUAUGCGUCCACAAAUGCCGAUACAAAACAUCCAGUUGACCAGUUUGUGGAAAUGUGGCAGCAGUGCUGGGAUCAGCUAGUCUCCGUGGCUGUUGGAUGCUGACUAUGGUGGCCAUGACUUCUUGGGGCAGGCAGAUGCGCAAAGAAUCUUUGUGUUGCUGGAAGAUUUUGGGGGGAAAAAAUCUGCUAGCCUGCCAAGGUCAGCAUGAGCCAACGAGAGGAGGCUGUUUGCUUGGCGGAAGCCCCCGGUGGGACCCCUCGUCUGUGUGCUGAAGGUCCCUGGUUCAGCCCUGCCAUCUCAGAGGGGGUAGAAGAGGCAGGUGGACCGAGUGACCUCCUCACGUCUCUACGGGGAAGGAGCGCUGUUUCAGUUUUAUGGAAUCCUAUUAAAGGUAGCCACGAAAGAACACGGAAGAUAACCUAAAAGAUGGUUUCUGACCGUAGCGCGUAGUUUGGACAAAUCUUGAAACCAGACAGUGUUAUUUUCUACUCCAGCAGAAAUGGGAUCACAAAGGAAUUUGUCCAAAUUGUUAGGAUAACUUUAGAGCUUGUCUCCCGCCUGGAAUAUUAACUAACUCCUUGAUGACCUGAUCUGUAAAUAUGUGUCAGUACAUAUUACAAAGCAUUCGAUAUCCCCUGGUAGCUAAUUGGACUAUAUUUGUUCUGAAAUGUGCAUGAUUUUCAGCAGAUGUAUUCUGCAGGAGGUUUGCAGCUAAUUUGAACGGGAUGUAUUUUGCAUUAUCCUUCAAUAGCUUUUUUUUUAAAACAAGGAAGAAAGGACCUGGAAAUUUGCUGUGUUGACAAUCAGUAGAAACUCUUGUAUUUUUAUUCUGAUACUAAAAUGCCAACUUUAUUUUAAUACUACUCCUUAUUACUCUCCUCCUGGAUUCUGCCUGAACAAGUAGAAGACAAAAAUCCAUUGGGAAACAAAUUCACUUUUAAUUUCAAGGGCUUUUGCCGAAGAAACUUCCAGUGUAAGCUGAGAGUACAAGUAAUUUGGAGAAAAACCUGAGUAAUUUUUGCAACUAUUGCCAGAUAUGCUAAACCAUAAAACUCAAGUUAUUUUGAAAUAAAUUACC